AUGUUUGCUUUAAAGUUCACAAAUUAAAUAUUAUAGUUGAAUAGAAUACAAAAUAGUUUAUAUUAGAAAAUUGCUUGCUAAUUUUCUUUAUCUUCAAGUUUUAAAUCGCGUUCAAAGUUAGGUGAGUUUUAUAAAAAUGUACAUCCAGAUGUCUUAGGCAAUGCUCCUGAAAAAAUUAAAGAAGAGAAUGGCAGAUCAUUGAGAUAGUUAAAUUAAUACCUUGAUUCUCUAUCAUAAAAUCAGGGCGCUUAAUAACAAAAAUUGGUAUUUUAUGUGCCUGAUAAAGUCAAUAAAAAAGCUAAAAAGUACCUAUAAAUAGAAGUUAGGUUGAAUGAUUUAAAUCCAAACGUAACUUAAGAAACUCUACAGCUUCAUAUGGAUUAGACUAUUGCUAUCUUGCUGAAUGAACUCAAAGAAGUCAGAAUUAAAACAAAUCCUUUCUUAGCUGAUCAAUUAAAAAAUCAAAAAGAUUCCUCUGAUGCCUAGAAUUUCGUAAAUGAAGGAGAAGAUGAAGAGAGUGUAUUUUAAAGAUAUUAACAAACAAUGGGGCCAAUGAAGAAACAUGAAACUUUCAUAGAAUCAAUGGAAAAAAAAUUAUAUUAAGGCAAACUAGGAAGCCUCAUAUUUUAACACAUAAAUGAAUAUAAUUACUUGAAAACAAUAGAAAGAAUUAGAGAAGAAAUGUAUGAUAUGGACAAACCAUCUCAAAAACCUCUACUCUGGGCUAAGAUCUUGGCAGAUGAUACUGGGUAUUUGAUCAACACAGAACAGUUAUUUUCUGAUCUUAUAGAUCCUAGAUUAAUAUUUAUAGAUGAAACACUUAACAAAUAAGAAAUAGAUUAAUUCAUGUCUACUUUAAUACAAGAUGAAGUCUAGAUGCAAACUAAGAAAUUUUAAAAAAUUAAAGAAGUAUUCCAUCAUAUGGAAAACUAGUCUCCUUAAAUAUGUCUCUAUGUCACCAGAAAAUACAGUGGCAGUGACAUGCCUGGAUUUUUUUCAAUUCCAUUUAAUUUCAAUCCUGAUGAUAUUGCUAAGAAAUAUGAAGAGUAUGCACCUUCUAUAAUUUAAGCUCGUUAAGAAAUAGAUUACUUAGCCAAUAAAGUUGAUAAGCUUACAAAAGAAAUAAUAAAACAAUUUGAAAUAAAAGAUAUAAAAAUUCCUUAAGCGAAGAAUGUAGAAGAAUAUAACUAGCAAAUAUUAUUUUUAAAGAAACUUAAAAAGCUGAUUUUGGAUAUAUACACUAAUGAUAGAGAUUUAUUAACAUAAAUUAAACUAAAAAGAAUUGUUUGUUUUAAUGAUAAAGAAAAAUAUGAUUAAGCAGCUUCUUAUAUUAGUGCUUACGAUAUAAACUUAUAAUACAUAUUCUCAGAAGAAGAGUUUUUUAAACAAGUCUGA